GGGGAGCUUCCUUAAAUUAGAUGUCCAAACAGGAGCAAUCUUGUGGCAGACCUUCAUGCUACCAGACAACUUUGGCAAGUUUGGAGAGUACGCUGGUGCAGCAAUCUGGGGAAGUUAUCGAUGUGAAGCGCAACCAUGUCUACAUUGCCACUUCGAACCUGUAUUCAGCUCCUCCGCGUAUAAUUGAAUGCCAGGAAAGGGAAAAUAAUCAAACCAUACCUUCACAACCAGACGCCUGCGUUGAGCCUGACAACCACUCCGAGUCUAUUGUAGCCCUUGAUUUAGACACCGGCAAAAUCAAAUGGUACAAGCAGCUGGGAGGCUAUGAUAUAUGGUUCGGUGCAUGCCAUCGGCAUUUGGACCCAAGGUGCCCUCCCGGUCCAAGUCCAGACGCUGAUUUUGGGGAAGCACCAAUGAUGCUUACCACAAAAAUUAAUGGGACUAAGAGAGAUAUAGUAGUUGCUGUUCAGAAAAGUGGGUUUGCAUGGGCUCUGGACCGAGAUACUGGUAUCUUAGUGUGGUCUACGGAAGCUGGACCAGGAGGCUUAGGAGGAGGAGCCAUGUGGGGUGCAGCCACUGACGAAAAGAGGGUCUAUACUAACAUUGCCAACAGCCAACACAAGAACUUCACCCUAAAACCAUCCCAGAACACUACAAUUGCUGGUGGAUGGGUAGCAAUGGAGGCUCGCAGUGGCAAUAUCUUAUGGUCCACGGCCAAUGCUAAUGAUGCUACUGCCCCGGCUGCUGUUACUGUGGCUAAUGGUGUUGUUUUUGGUGGCUCUACGUACCGACAAGGACCAAUAUAUGCAAUGAAUGCUAAGACAGGAAAGAUUUUGUGGUCGUAUGAUACAGGAGCAACUGUGUAUGGGGGGAUUUCGGUGAGCAAUGGAUGCAUUUACCUCGGAAAUGGUUACAAGGUCUUUAAUGGAUUUGUUAACCCAAAUUAUACUGCAGGAACCUCGUUCUAUGCCUUCUGUGUUUAAUAACUACAAAUAUCCCCCCCCCCCCCCAGUGCAAUAUGUAUCUUUUCUCUUAGAUAAAAUGAUCAACACUAAUAAUUACAGUAAUGAAUCUUCUGAAGUGCCUAAUACCACAAGGUGCAGUGUUUGAUAUAUCAGAAAUAAGAGCAUGCAUUAUCCAAAUAUAGCAUAUAAUUUCAACUGGUUUGAUCCCUCAACUAGCUUCACUAGAAUUGACAUCCUGGUAAACAAAGAAAGGAUUAGAAGUUUAGAACAAUUUAAGUGUGGGAAAACCACCGGAUUCAACAUAUGCAUGCAAAAAUGUCAUGCUAGUACAAGAACUAAGCAUACUAUACUAGAUAAACAAACUGAAAGCGUUUUGCACAUCAAUGAAAGCAAACUGACUGGCAGUCAAACAAGCGAAAGGUUCACCGAUGGAGAAUGGCUAAAUGAAGCAUAAUAAGAAGUGCUGAGAUGAGUCACACUUGCCAUGACUGUGACUUACAAUCCCCUACAUUUUUCUCAACAAAGAAUCCAGCAAUUCUCAUA